AUGAACUACAAUCGUCCGUUAGCGCCGGCUCUUCCAGGCUCCCACGAUCCCCACGCCUAUGAGAGCAAAAGGAGGAAAAAUGUCAGUUCGGCAUGCCAGGCGUGCAAGGCACGCAAAUUGAAGUGUAGCGGAGUACCACCGUGCAAAACCUGUCUGAAGUCCAAAGUCGAGUGCGUUAUCGAUACCGAAGGAGACCAGCGCCGCAAACUCAAUCUGAAAAAAAAGAUCGACAGUUUGGAGGAUGACCGACGACUUCUCUUGCAGCUCAUGGAAACUCUUCAAAGAGGCCCGCAGUCGUAUAAUACGGAGUUAGUUCACGACAUUCGAACGUUGGAGAACAUAAACGAUGUCAAGUUGUAUCUCAAAGCACACCUUAUGCGAAAAGAGGCCCAAUGGAGUCCAGAGUGGAUUGAAGUUGAAAAUGAUAUGAAAUGGAUAUCAGAGCAACAGCCACAGGAAAAGCUUUCAACUCAGAAAAGGACACCCAUAUUGCCUGUCCCCGGACUAGUGGAUAUUCCUAGCUUCAGAGUACCAGCAAGUCCUUGGACCAGCGUGACUGAGGACGAUAGCUUUAUAUCUCAUCUCAUUUCAUUGUGGUUUACAUGCAGCUUUCCGGGCUACAAUUAUAUUGAUCAAGAACUCUUUCUUAGAGCCAUGCGGUCAAGGGAUUUGCGAUCACCACUGUGUUCUCCAUUUCUAGUGAAUGCAAUGCUGGCUGAUGCAUGUUUUCUCUCCGACCAUCCCAAAGUUUGCGCGAUCGCAGGCGAUUCCGUGACUAAGGGCGAACACUUUUGGAAAGAAGCCAAAAGACUUUUAGACGAAGAAGAGGGCAGGGUGUCUAUUCCGACAACUCAAGGGUUGGGUAUCAUGUUUACCUGUGCUUGUGCCAUGGGCAAGGAUCGAGCUGGUUGGGUCUACACAAUACAAGCGGCAGAAGUCAUGAAAUCCCUUCGAAAAGCCGAAUCUCGUGUCGUGAAUACAGGUCUAUCUGCGAGCGAGUUGAGACAGCUCCUCGACCGCAUCGAGCUCGGUCAAUUUAAUACGUUUGUGAGCGCAAAUUUGACCUUUCAGAUCCCUCCCUCGAUCCGGAUAAUGCAUAUAGAUGGGCACGUCUCUAUGCACGCGAAUAUUCACCAUAACGAACUUCCGUUCUAUGCUCACUUUGGGGUAUUAUCGCCCAUCCACCAUGACUGCAUUCUCAAUGAGCUUGGGAGGAUUAGCAAUAUCGCCUGGGAUGCUGCAGCAUUCUUGUUUGGGGAGACCAGUUACACCCAUGCCGAGCUGGUGGCUGCGGUUCAACGCUGGCAUUCACGUCUGGUGCAGUGGUGGAACGGCUGUCGAAAGUGCAUGGAUUACCGUAUAACCCCAAUACCUAGUUUGCUGUCUUUGCACAUGUACUACCACAGUAUCAUCAUCACAAUAUACGCAUUUUUGAAGACGGCGCCACCCGACGCGGAUUCACACAUGUUAGGGUGGGCAGAGCAGUCGAGGCAAAUGUGCCUCUCAUCUGCCCAUGCGAUCAAUCAACUUAUUGAGAUCCAGCAAUCAUCUUCUCGGUCCGACCCAGGCCCAGUCGUCAAUGCGCAGUGGAUUACAAUUGCAUUGUGCAUCUUGAUGGAGGACCUGCAGAACCCGGACAACCACAAAGCGUUUAUGAACCUGUGCAAGGCGCACGGCUACUUUGCGCAACGAUUGCCGUUGGCCAAAGGCAUGGUCCGUAUGGUGCAGCUAACCGCUCAAAGAAUGGACCGUCCUCUGCCGGGAGACGUUGUCGCAUAUUUCCGCGAGUUUGAGGAACGCUGCUGGCGGGCCGGUGAUAGUCGUACAAGGGCGUUCAGCAGCCGCUAUCCUAAUUUUGCAGUGGCCAUUCGCCGGGGCAUUAAUAACUGCGUACCAGAGGAUGUCGAGCUGGAUGUCUUCCUCGAAAGAUGGGUGAGUCUGGACAAUGCAUGA